GAAUGCCUUAUAGGCGAGUGACGUCAGGCCGUUUGUUGUCAUUGGCGGCUCCCAAGAUGGCGUCCAUCGUGGAAGGGCCGCUGAGCAAAUGGACUAACGUGAUGAAGGGCUGGCAGUACCGUUGGUUCGUGUUGGACUACAAUGCAGGGCUGCUUUCCUACUACACGUCCAAGGACAAAAUGAUGAGAGGCUCUCGCAGAGGAUGUGUUAGACUCAGAGGAGCUGUGAUUGGUAUAGACGAUGAGGACGACAGCACCUUCACAAUAACUGUUGAUCAGAAAACCUUCCAUUUCCAGGCUCGUGAUGCUGAUGAACGAGAGAAGUGGAUUCAUGCAUUAGAAGAAACAAUUCUUCGGCACACUCUUCAGCUUCAAGGUUUGGAUUCGGGAUUUGUUCCUAGUGUUCAAGACUUUGAUAAGAAACUUACAGAGGCUGAUGCUUACCUACAGAUAUUGAUAGAACAAUUAAAGCUUUUUGAUGACAAGCUUCAAAACUGUAAAGAUGAUGAACAAAGAAAGAAAAUUGAAACUCUCAAAGAGACAACAAAUAGCAUGGUAGAAUCAAUUAAACACUGCAUUGUGUUGCUGCAGAUUGCUAAAGACCAGAGUAAUGCGGAGCAACACGCAGAUGGACUUAUAAGUACUAUUAAUCCUGUAGAUGCAAUAUACCAACCUAGUCCCUUGGAACCUGUGAUCAGCACAAUGCCUUCCCAGACUGUGUUACCUCCAGAACCUGCUCAGUUGUGUAAAUCAGAGCAGCGUCCAUCUUCCCUACCCGUUGGACCUGUAUUAGCAACCUUGGGACAUCAUCAGACUCCAACACCAAAUAGUACAGGCAGUGGGCAUUCACCACCUAGUAGCAGUCUAACUUCUCCAAGCCAUGUCAACUUGUCUCCAAAUACAGUCCCAGAGUUCUCUUACUCUAGCAGUGAAGAUGAAUUCUAUGAUGCUGAUGAAUUCCAUCAAAGUAGCUCAUCCCCAAAGCGCUUGAUAGAUUCUUCAGGAUCUGCCUCAGUCUUAACACAUAGCAGCUCGGGAAAUAGCCUAAAGCGCCCAGAUACCACAGAAUCACUGAAUUCUUCCAUGUCCAAUGGAACAAGCGAUGCUGACCUUUUUGACUCACAUGAUGACCGGGACGACGAGGGGGAGGCAGGCUCAGUGGAGGAGCACAAGAGUGUCAUCAUGCACCUCUUGUCACAAGUCAGGCUUGGCAUGGAUCUCACUAAGGUAGUUCUUCCAACAUUUAUUCUUGAAAGAAGAUCUCUUUUAGAAAUGUAUGCUGACUUUUUUGCACACCCGGACCUGUUUGUGAGCAUUAGUGACCAGAAGGAUCCCAGGGAUCGCAUGGUUCAGGUUGUGAAAUGGUACCUCUCAGCCUUUCAUGCAGGAAGGAGGGGAUCAGUCGCCAAAAAGCCAUACAAUCCCAUUUUGGGUGAAAUCUUUCAGUGUCAUUGGACAUUACCAAAUGAUACUGAAGAAAACACAGAACUAGUUUCAGAAGGACCAGUCCCCUGGGUUUCCAAAAACAGUGUCACAUUCGUGGCUGAGCAGGUCUCCCAUCAUCCACCCAUUUCAGCUUUUUAUGCCGAGUGUUUCAACAAGAAGAUACAAUUCAAUGCUCAUAUCUGGACUAAAUCAAAAUUCCUAGGGAUGUCUAUUGGGGUACACAACAUAGGGCAAGGUUGUGUCUCAUGCCUAGACUAUGACGAACAUUACAUUCUCACAUUCCCCAACGGUUAUGGAAGGUCUAUCCUUACGGUGCCCUGGGUGGAAUUGGGAGGAGAAUGCAGUAUUAAUUGUUCCAAAACAGGCUAUAGUGCAAAUAUCGUUUUCCAUACUAAACCUUUCUAUGGAGGAAAGAAGCACAGAAUUACUGCUGAGAUUUUUUCUCCAAAUGACAAGAAGUCUUUUUGCUCAAUAGAAGGGGAAUGGAAUGGUGUAAUGUAUGCAAAGUAUGCAUCAGGGGAAAACAUGGUCUUUGUAGAUACCAAGAAGUUGCCUAUAAUCAAAAAGAAAGUAAGGAAGUUGGAAGAUCAGAAUGAAUAUGAAUCGCGCUGCCUUUGGAAGGAUGUCACUUUCAACUUAAAAAUUAGAGACAUUGAUGCAGCAACUGAAGCAAAGCACAGACUUGAAGAAAGACAAAGAGCAGAAGCCCGAGAAAGAAAGGAGAAGGAAAUUCAAUGGGAGACAAGGUUAUUCCACGAAGAUGGAGAAUGCUGGGUUUAUGAUGAACCAUUACUGAAACGUCUUGGUGCUGCAAAGCAUUAGGUUUGGGAAACACAGAGCUUGCACCUGAUGACCAGGGUAGUAGGCAUAAAUAACUAAGCAACAAUCUUCCUUUGGGAGAACCUAUCACUCCCUUCUUAUUGCAGUGGUUCCUAUCUCAGGGAUACUGGACUUUCCAGCGCAGAUGAACAAUUAAAACAGGAAAAGCCUCCCAUUUUUUUUUCCUCUGUGGCAGUUAAAAUUUUGACUAAAGUCUUGAGCAAAACUAUAGGUUUUGAAACAAAUCCCAUGCUUUUGAAAGCAUUUAUGAACCCAAGUCUCUCACUCUGCACUCUAGUUCCAAUGUUAGACAUACAACCUGUUUCCUAGGUCAUAUAAUCUUGGGUUCUAUACAUAUACAUAUAUAUAUAUACACACAUAUAUAUAUAUACACACACACAUAUUCACACGUAUAUAAAUCUGUUGACAGUUUUUUCAUAAACCAUCUCUGGUUCCUCUGAAUUUAGAUAAUUAGCGCAAUGUAUGAAAAUCAAGUGUUAGGAAAUUUCAUGAUUUCUCCUAUAACGACUUUUAUUUUGGAAAUGAACUAUUAAAUUGUAUCUAAACCUGGAUUACAAUUUAA